GCUAGCUGCAGAGAGUCUCUCUGCUACUAUAUGAAUGUCUCCCAGAGUUCCUCCCUCACUUCUGUUCUUUGUGCCCUUCUUCAACAUUCUCCUCUGAUCCCAACUCAGAGAAUCUCCCUCCAAUCUCUCUCUCACUAGUUUCACUUAAACCCCUCACACCCAAACCCAAAAACCCACCUCGCCGCCGGCCACAUUUUCCCGCUCAACCUCACCAACCCUAAACACCAAACACCACUUCUUCCAACCAAAACCCAUUAUUUCUCCUCACUCAAAUUUCGACUCUUUUUACUUCCCCAAAAAAAAUGGCCGACCCUUCUUCCGACCCACCACCUCUCUCGCCGGACGAGGCCGCCGGCCGAGCUCUGACCAAACGCUACGAGGGACUUGUGACUGUUCGGACCAAAGCCAUAAAGGGCAAAGGAGCUUGGUACUGGGCUCACUUGGAGCCUGUUCUGGUUCGGAACACAAACACUAACCUCCCCAAAGCUGUCAAGCUCAAGUGUCUUUUAUGCGACGCGGUUUUCUCGGCGUCAAACCCGUCCAGAACAGCCUCCGAGCAUCUCAAGCGCGGCACGUGUCCUAAUUUCACCUCGGUGUUGCGGCCGAAUUCGUCGGCGUCGCUCUCGCCGCAGCCCAUUUCGUCUCUGCCGUCGCCGUCGUCCCACAAUCACCGGAAAAGAAUGGGUACUCUUCUCUCUCCUAUAUCUCAAGUAACUCAAGUACAUUCCUUGGCCAUGAUCGGGGCUCCCGGAUUUUGCGGCGAGCUUUACUCACAUGACCCGAACCCGAACAACCCGGACCCGGUCGGGUUGAGUCAUCAUCAGCAGCAGCAUCAGCACCAUUUGGUUCUGUCUGGUGGGAAAGAUGACUUGGGUGCUUUGGCAAUGUUGGAGAAUAGUGUCAAGAAGCUCAAGAGCCCCAAGCCUUCUUCUGCUGGUGUGUCCCUCACAAAGGAGCAGGUGGAUUCUGCUCUUGAGUUGUUCUCUGAGUGGUUCUAUGAGUCUUGUGGGUCUGUGUCGUUUUCGAGCCUCGAGCAUCCCAAGUUCAAGGCCUUCCUUGGCCAGGUGGGCUUGCCUGCAGUGCUGCAGAGGGAGCUUUCGGGUUCACGGCUUGAUGUCAAGUAUAGUGUGGCCAAAGCCGAGUGUGAAGCUAGGAUAAGGGAUGCAAUGUUCUUUCAGCUGGCUUCUGAUGGCUGGGAGAGUAGUAGUUUUUGUGGCGGGGAGGAGAGUAUGGUUAAGUUUAUGGUUAAUCUGCCGAAUGGGAGUAGUCUUUUUCAGAAAGUUGUGUUUACUGGAGGGUCUGUUUCGUCGAAAUAUGCUGAGGAGGUAAUGUGGGAUGCGGUUAGUGGUGUGUGUGGGAGUGGAGUGCAGCGUUGCGUGGGGAUUGUGGCUGACAAGUAUAAAGCCAAGGCAUUGAGGAACUUAGAGAGUCAGCAUCAUUGGAUGGUGAAUGUUUCCUGUCAGCUACAGGGGUUUGUUUCCUUAAUUAAGGAUUUUAGCAAAGAGUUUAAGUUGUUUAUGGUUGUUUCUGAUAAUUGCUUAAAGGUUGCGAAUUUUGUGAAUACCACCACGGAGGUUAGGCGGAUUUUCCAGAAGUACAAGAUGCAGGUGCUUGGGUAUGCAGGGUUGCUCUCAGUUUCUUCUUCCAAAUGCGAUAAUUUGAAGAAUUAUGCGGCUGUUUAUGCAAUGCUGGAGGAUGUGUUGACAUGUUCUGGCAUACUUAAAAUGGUAGUGUUGGAUGAUUGCUAUAAGGUGGCAUUUGCGGAGGACCCAAUUGCUUUGGAAGUCGCAGGGAUGAUCCAAAACGAAGGAUUCUGGAAUGAACUAAUUGCAGUCUAUGAACUUAUGAAGCUGAUAAGAGUGAUGACUCAGGAGAUUGAAGCUGAGAGGCCAUUAAUUGGGCAAUGCCUGCCCCUAUGGGAGGACUUGCGAACAAAAGUGAAGGAGUGGUGUGCCAAGUUUAACAUUGAUGAAAGACCUGUUGAACAAAUAGUCGAAAAACGGUUUGCAAAGAAUUACCACCCAGCAUGGUCAGCUGCAUUUAUACUUGAUCCACAAUAUCUGAUGAGGGACACUAGUGGAAAGUACCUUCCACCGUUCAAGUGCUUGACGCAUGAGCAGGAGAAGGAUGUAGAUAAGCUCAUUACCAGAUUGGUAUCCAGGGAAGAAGCGCAUGUCGCAUUAAUGGAACUGAUGAAAUGGAGGACAGAAGGAAUGGAUCCGCUUUAUGCUCAGGCAGUUCAGGUUAAACAGCAAGAUCCUGUGACUGGAAAAAUGAAAAUUGCAAACCCGCAGAGCAGUAGACUUGUGUGGGAAACUUGUCUCAGCAAAUUAAGCAUACUGGGUAAGGUUGCGGUGAGACUCAUCUUCCUCCAUGCAACCUCAUUUGGAUUGAAAUGCAAUUGGUCUUUCAUGAAAUGGAUUUGUGUACAUAGGCACUCAAAAUUAGGCCUAGAAAGGGCAGAGAAGAUGAUAUUCAUUGCAGCUCAUGCAAAGCUUGAAAGAAGGGAUCUCUCUAACGACGAAGAAAGGGAAGCAGAGCUGUUUGCGACUGCAAGUGGUGAUGAUGACAUGCUCAAUGAGGCCCUUUCCGAUGCAAACACAGUGUAAUGUUUUUCUAUUUUAUUCCUUUAGGGUUAUGUAAUUGUAGGGCUUAUUGAAUUCUUUCAUCUUUCUUCCUUCUACUUUUUAUACUUCAGAUUUAGUUUAAAAUUUUGCGUGAUUAUUGCUUGGAGGAAAGGAUAAUGUGAAAGAAUUUCAGA